AGGGCAUGGAGAGCUAAACACAUGGCUGAAAAAAUAAUUGAAGGAGAUUGUUCUAAGCAAUAUUCCAUGUUAUACAAUUAUGCUGCAGAACUUAAGAAGCAAAAUGAUGGAAAUACUGUAAAGAUAUCUGUGGAAAGGCCAGUUCCUACACUACCACCAAGGUUUGGUAGUUUCUAUUUUUGCUUUGAUGGUUGCAAGAAGGGGUUCCUCCAUGGAUGCAGACCAUUUAUUGGUGUAGAUGGCUGCCAUUUGAAGACCCAGUAUGGUGGCCAGUUGCUUAUUGCUGUGGCUAGAGAUCCAAAUGAUCAAUACUUUCCUCUAGCCUUUGGUGUUGUGGAGACAGAGACAAAGGAAAGCUGGAGAUGGUUCUUGCAGCUUCUGAUGGAAGACAUUGGACAACAAAGAAGAUAUGUUUUCAUAUCUGACCAACAAAAGGGACUUGUGGCUGUUUUUGAAGAAAUGUUUGAGUCUAUAGAGCAUAGAGUGUGUCUAAGGCAUUUGUAUGCCAAUUUCAAAAAGAAAUUUGGGGGAGGCAGUGCAAUUAGGGAUCUGAUGAUGGGAGCAGCAAAAGCAACCUAUCUACAAGCCUGGGAGAAGAAGAUGCAAGAGUUAAGGCAACUUGAUCCAAAGGCUUGGGAAUGGCUAGUAGGUGUUCCAACCAAACUAUGGUGUAAGCAUGCAUUUAGCUAUUAUCCAAAAUGUGAUGUUCUGAUGAAUAAUCUUAGUGAGUCUUUUAAUAGUACCAUACUGCAGGCUAGGGAUAAACCAAUUAUCACUAUGUGUGAAUGGAUUAGGAAUUAUCUUAUGAAUAGGGUUGCAGUUAGUUUGACUAAGUUAGAUAAGUGGAAACAUAAGAUUAUGCCUAUGCCUAGGAAAAGAAUGGACAAAGAAAUUGUAAUGAGUGGUAAUUGGAUUCCUACUUGGUGUCAAGACUUGAUAUGGCAGGUUAACCACACAUUUGAUGGGCACCAAUUCAUUGUAGAUUUAGGUAAAAAAACAUGCACAUGUUGUUUUUGGGAACUUGUGGGCAUUCCAUGUAGGCAUGCCAUAGCUGCCAUGAGUUAUCAAAACUUGGAUCCAGAAUCAUUUGUGGAUAAUUGCUAUAGUAGGGAAACAUACACUAAAUGUUACUCAUAUAGUGUGAGUCCCACUAAUGGCAUGGAUAUGUGGCCUACUGUUGAUAAUGAGGAUAUGCUUCCACCUUCAUACAAGAAAGGUCCAGGUAGACCCAAAAAGCUUAGGAUUAGAGAGCAUGAUGAAAAUGGAUCUAGAAUGAGAAGGCCAGGUGUUAAUUAUAGGUGCACCAGAUGUGACAACAAUGGACAUAACUCCAGGAAAUGUAAAGCUGAAGUUCAAAAUCCUGCAGCUUUAAAGAGAAAGAGAAAGGCACCAAGGAAAGCUGCUUCAUCAAGAAAUGUGGGUGACACUGAGACAGUAGAGGAUUACUUUGAGGGGGAAAUUGAUGCAACAAUUGAAGCAAUGGUGGCAUCAGUUGAAGCUGACCUAACAACUCAGGCAUCACAGAUAUUGAAUCCAAGUCCUACCAACAAGUCUCCAUCCAAGAACAAGACAAAGAACAAGAAAGUUGGCUCUAAGAAGAAAUGAUGUUGCACUUUAUUAUGUUGUGUUUUGGUACUGUUUGUAAUGGUUCUAAGAAGACAUGAAGUUGCUAUUUGUUAUGUUAUGUUAUGUUUUGUAAUAGUUUGAACUCAGUGGCAUUU